CUAGUUGUAGUAGAUUUGUAUAUGUCAAUUCGGGUAGUCAGGCGUCGUAACACUCGGGAACACUUCGGCGCCUCCCAAACAGUAUUCGAUCAAGACAUCGAUUGUGGGCGUCCCUUCACGUUAGGGUCCGACCCUCGAAAAUGUAGUCUAGUGUUAAAAGGCCUUGCUGGGAAUCACUGUACAAUGUACUUGGAGACAUCUCUAGUCUGGGUGGCCUGUAGUAGUAAAGCCGCUGGGCUUACCUUCUUGGUCACGUCUGACUGUGUGGAUGACCGAGACCGUACGGGGAGGAUCAGUCUAGUGUCGCAUAUGGGUAACAAGGAGAGACCCCUUUACCAGCUCAGGCAGGGGGAUAGGCUCAUCCUCCUCGACGGGCAAGGAGGGGAUUGGGAGAUUACUCUGACCUCACUAGAAGGGGGUCGGAGAAGGUCCUCUGGUGAGAGCUUCAAUUUCGGCGGAGGAACUCAAGCUUACUGCCCGGUUAAGAAGAGGAAGGACGAGGAGGAGGCGGAGGAGUUUGACAUGUACUCUGAGGGAGCUGAUUCCGACCGGACCCUCUUCCCCAACGAGAAUGACAAGAAUCGUGCCAAUGACUUCUCACGAGACUCUCUUCCGCCGGGUCUCGACGAUACGAUGAAGUUCCCCCUUGAAGAGCAAGGUCAAUCGUUAUCACCAGUCGUGCCCCUCCUCCUGACCAGCGGCGAGGUGCACCCCGAGGACAUCUUUGGUGGUAGGGACUCCUUGCCAUCUCUAGCUAGUUUUGGGCAGGGUAGUGUGCCUGCGAUACGCCCAUCGACACCAGGAGCGGAUCCUCGGGCGAGCAUCGGCACAGUGUCUUACUGUCCUGGUACCUCCUAUAAAGAGAACGUUUACCAUGAUAUCGAGCAAGAUUCGGACACGAGGCCAUAUGGUGGGAGAGAAGCCCUGAAGGAAGCCCCUACGCUCUUCUAUGGGGCAGAGUCGGAGUCGGCGCCUCCUACUCCCCUACAGGACAGUGGGAUGGAAGAUGACCUAGUGGAGCUCGACAGGACCCCUCUGAGUUCAUCUCCGAUGAGGUCGCUCACUCCCGAGGCCUCAUAUGGGGCGGCAUCUGUGAUGGCCAAGACUCGCAGGGUUCCACAUCCAGAUGACGAGUUGGUAUGCUCGGGAGUAGACGAGGCUGUCAACCCGACGGACUUCCCUCUCCAUACGAUAAUGGAAGACGCUUUUGGUACUGGCAUGACCAUCAGCAGCUAUAGCGAUGGGGAGCCCUCUGAGGUGCGGAAGCCUCAACCUAAGCCCAAGGCCAAGAGUAAGGCUAAGGCAAAGGGACGGCCUAAGGCUAAGGCCCGAGGGGGGAGGAGGAGCCCCCAAUCUACGGCUAGCAAACGGUCACGGAAGGUGAAGGUCGAAGAUGACAGUGACAUGAGCAGCAUAGAGGCUCCUCAUAGUCCGGUUAGUAAAAACAGGAGGAGAAGGCGCAGUGCAGUCAGUUCGAGUUCGUCACGGCGAAUGAUGAAGGAAGAGGCCAAGAUCGCCAUAUGUUUCAGCACAGAAUGCCGACCCUCACCAUUUGAUGAGAGACGAAUAUCAGCCUGCGGUGGGAGGAUAGUCAACUCGGUGUCGGAUGACGUAGCGAUGUUCGUUGCUGGUCGGCUAAAGCGUACGGCUAAGCUCAUGUGUGCUAUUUGCCGAGGCAUACCAGUGGUGGAUUUCGGGUAUAUUCGACGUUGCUUUGAUCGUGGGGAUAUAACACAGCCUUACGAUGUGGGUGACUGGAUGAAGGACGCGUCAGGGGAGAAGCAUUGGGGCUUCACUCUGAGUGAGUCGAUUAAGCUGGCAAGGGACCGAGGGCCUGUCUUGAAGGGUUAUCAAAUUCACUGCGCCACGAAGAACACGGCGACUAAGGACUUCAGAGAGCUGGUAGCUGCUGCUGGUGGUACGUACCUCAACAGCCUCCCGGCCCGUAUCCCUGAUACGAGCAAGGACUCGCUUCUCGUCAUAGUCGAGAACCGCGAGACCAGAGGAGACCUGCGACUCGUACGGAAGUUGAGGCUUCCACGUGUUUACGUUAAGGAGCUGGUCAUGGCAGCUGCUACCACACAGGAGCUGAACCUCGCUGAGUUCGGUGUGGACUUAUAAUUACUAUGCAGAACUACUACCAUUAUCACCAUGACCUCUGCCACUCUUGUUGCUGU